AUAUGAUCAAUAGCUUAUUUACUAUUUAGAACCCCGAGCUAUAUAUAUAUAUAUAUAUAUAAAAUUACAUAGUCCCGAAAACAAAAAUUCAAAAAUAAGAAGUCAAAAGAUCCCGUGAGCUCAAAGGUGUGAUUCUUCUUCAUCCACGCGCAGCGGUGGGGGAAAUGACAAUUACGUCCUCUUAGUCUUAACCACACACUUCCCAUCUCAACAUACAGAGAGAUACCUUGGAAUCAAUCCAAUUUUCCAUACAUGCCCAUCUGAAAGCUAUUAUUCCAAACAAAAAAUAUGAUCUCCAAAUUAUGUUUUAGCUUCCAUCACCAUCUCCAUCCCCACCUCUCUUCCUUUUCUUCUUCAACGGCCAUCAAAACCCCAAGAUUACUGCCUUUUUCUCUCUCUAUCGCUUCUUCUUUAUCAUCACCAAGUACCAAGUUAUCAACCACCAAGAGCAAACGCUCCCUUUUGACUCCAAUAUGCAUGGCUUCUUCAUCAACGACAUCGGAGAAUUAUUCCUACCAACUCGAUCCGAGCCUCACAAACGACGAUCUCAAGCCAACGACAGAUUCUCAGCGGUCGUUUUCGGGGUGGGAGAUGGCAAGUCUUUGGGUGGGACUUGUCGUUGGAGUCCCCUCCUAUUACUUGGCCGGUAGCCUCGUUGAACUUGGCAUGGCUUGGUGGCAAGGAAUAGCCACGGUCGUUUGUGCCAAUCUCAUCCUUUUAUUCCCACUGGUCCUCACCGGUCACCCGGGGACUCGGUAUGGCAUACCUUUCCCGGUCUUGGCCCGAUCCUCUUUCGGUAUCCGCGGUGCUCAUGUCCCGACUCUUCUAAGAGCCCUUGUGGGCUGUGGUUGGUACGGAAUCGAGACUUGGAUCGGUGGUGAGGCCAUUUUCCUUCUCUUGCCAAAUUCCAUAAAAAACUCUUCUUCUCUUUCCAUGACUUUACCAUGGUUAGGCACAUCCCCACUUGAGUUUGGUUGUUUUAUUUUGUUUUGGGUUGCCCAAUUGGCCAUUGUUUGGAAAGGGAUUGAUGGGAUAAGAGAACUAGAGAAGUACUCAGCUCCAAUCCUCAUCUUACUCACUUCUUGUCUUUUGAUUUGGGCUUAUGUUAAGGCCGGUGGUUUUGGUCACAUGCUUUCUUUGUCUUCAAGGCUCUCUUCAUCCGAGUUUUGGUCUCAUUUUUUCCCUUCACUCACCGCCAAUAUAAGCUUUUGGGCCCCUCUUGCUCUCAACAUUCCUGAUUUCACUAGAUAUGCAAAGAGCCAAAAGGACCAAAUUGUGGGCCAAGUCGGGCUUCCGAUAUACAUGGGCCUAUUCACAUUUGUGGGCCUUGCCGUGACCUCCUCAACAAAGGUCAUUUUUGGGAGUGUCGUUUCUAAUCCAAUUCAACUCCUUGAACAAAUUGGUGGUGGCCUAACGACAAUGAUCUUAGCCAUUUUUGGGAUUAGUCUUGCCACUAUUACCACCAACAUUGCAGCCAAUGUUGUGGCCCCGGCUAAUGCUCUGGUCAACCUUAGCCCUUCCAAGUUCACAUUUAGAAGAGGAGCAAUUCUCACGGCUUUGCUUGGGAUUGCAUUUCAGCCUUGGAGGCUUCUUAAAUCAAGUGAGAGCUUUGUUUACACUUGGUUAGUGGGCUAUUCUGCUUUGUUGGGCCCAAUUGGAGGUAUACUUCUGGCUGACUACUAUCUUAUCAAAGGCACAAAAUUAAGUCUAAAGGACUUGUACUCAAUGAGUCCAAAUGGGGCUUAUUACUACUCACGAGGCUAUAAUUUGGCCGCUCUAUUUGCGUUGGUCAUUGGGAUUUUGCCGGUUGUUCCGGGAUUCUUGCAAAAAGUUGGGAUUCUUUCUUCGGUUUCGGACACAUUUGUGGUCAUCUACAACAAUGCUUGGUUUUUCAGCUUUUUCACUGCGGGUUUUCUCUAUUGGCUUAUCUCAUGCCUUGUGGCAAAGAACAAGAACCCCCUAGAUGAAGAACCCCUUUUGCCGACAGGAAAUUAGUUGUCUUUUUUUUUUUUUUUUGGGGUUCUCAGUUUGAAGCAACACAAAAUAAAUAUACUUGGUUUAGAAUUUGUAAAGAAAAUUUUUCAAUAUGCUUUCUAUAGUUCUGUCGUUUAUACUCCACAAACGAUUUAAAUUUCAAGAAACGACAUUACAUUUUUCCAUUUAGUUGUCGUUUCAAUCGAACGACAUGUAUUUUUUUUUAUAAAGGAUAUUAAGUUAAGUAGUGAACAUUCAUCAUUUUUGUCGUCUACAGUAGUUUACUGUCCAACGGCACAAGAUGACGAGACGUUUACUUUUCAAGACAAACGACACUGAUGAAAUGAUGCAUUGUAUUCGUAAAA